CAAUCCCUUUGGACUUUUAACACAUCAAAAUUCAGGGAUCAAUGGAGCUGUGUGAGGUUGCUGGACUCCGGUACCUUGCACCUGGGAACGAGACCCCCUACCCAGCUCAUUUCACUACUAUGCAGAACAUACCUGCAUUCCAUUUCAGCAGAUUCUUAAGACCAACAACACCCAAUCCUCAGAUCCCCCCUCCGGUCCAUGAGUUCAAUCCACAGUCAUCAUGUUUCAGCAAUAACUCAACUUCUGAUGAAGCAGAUGAGCAGCAGUUGAGCAUCAUAGAUGAAAGGAAGCAGAGGAGAAUGAUAUCUAAUAGAGAAUCUGCUCGCCGGUCACGGAUGCGGAAGCAGAAGCACCUGGAUGAACUCUGGUCACAAGUUAUGCGGCUCCGAAAUGAGAACCGUCAACUCAUAGACAAGCUGAAUCAUGUGUCAGAGUGCCAUGACCAGGUCCUCCAGGAAAAUGGGCGGCUAAGAGAGGAAGUUUCUGACCUUCGCCAAAUGCUCAACAACCUGCAACUUGAUAGUUCUUAUGCCACGUUGAGGGAUCUCGAAGAGAUACCCUGCAACACAGCUCACCUCAGAGCUGAAUCCUCAAACCAAUCCAUCACUAGUUCCAUGGAUUUGCUUCAUUGAGAUGGGAGCCAUGUUUUCUUCUCUUCUCUCUCUUUUUCUUU